UCUGAAGCCGCAGUGAAGCGCAGAAGCAGAGGGUAGGAAAGCAAAAGCCACCGCUGUUGCUGAAGGAGAGAAACCGGAGCUGUUAUGCUACAUUUGCCUUCUCUUGUUGUUCACUCAACUUUACUUCAACAAACACAUCAGAAGAUGCCACCAGAGGAACACGUCAGACUGCUGAAGCCUGAAGAGAUUAAACAUGAGAUUGUGGAGGGCCCUUAUUGCUGCUCGGAGUGUGGGAAGAGUUUCAGACAAGAGGGUCAUCUUAAAUCCCACCAGAGCACUCACACAGGUGGGCGGCUGUACCAGUGCUCAGAGUGUGAACAGAGUUUUACUGGUAUAAACGCUCUCACAAAACACCGGCGCACUCACACAGGAGACACGGCGUAUCUCUGCUCAGAGUGCGGGAAGAGCUUCAGUGACAAUGGUGCUCUGAAGAAACACCAGAUCAUUCACACUGGAGAGAAGCCCUACUGCUGUUCAGACUGUGGGAGGGGUUUCACUCGAUACAGCACUCUCCAACUCCACCAGCGCACACACACAGGCGAGAAGCCGUAUCAGUGCUCAGAGUGUGAUAAAAGCUUUCGCCAGCAGAGCAACCUCAUAGUCCACCAACGUGUUCACACUGGGGAGAAACCGUAUCACUGCUUAGAGUGUGGGAAGAGAUUUUAUCGGCUGGAUGUUCUCCAGCAACACCAGCGCAUCCAUUCCGGAGAGAAACCGUUUCAGUGCUCAGAGUGCGGGAAGAGCUUCUGUCAGCAGAAUUAUCUCCAAGUUCACCAGCGCACUCACACAGGAGAGAAACUGUAUCAGUGUUCACACUGUAAGAAGAGUUUCACUAGAUACCGUAACCUCCAGGAACACCAGCGAACCCACACUGGAGAGAGGCCUUAUUUCUGCUCAGAGUGCGGGAAGAGCUUUGCUCGAAGGACUACUCUCCAGGUUCAUCAGCGCAUUCACACCGGAGCAAAACCUUACCCGUGCUCAGAGUGUGGGAAAAUCUUCAGAUAUUCUAAAAAUCUAAAAGUACACAAGUGCAUUAAGCAAGAAGAUGCUUGUUCUGGAACUAUGGUUUCCGAACCAGAUGACAGUGAAGUAGAAGAGCAUGAUGUCGUUAGUAGGCCACACCACCUUGCCACUGAAAAGUUGGGGUUACAGAAACAGGAGCUGGACUAUUAAACCAUUUUUACAAAGGCUACAUUCACACAAUAAGACCAAUUCUGAUAUUCAUUUUUGCCUGUUCACAAGGGGUGUCCCGAGAUCUCGUGCCACAAGAUCUUGCAAAAUUUAUUUAUUUAUUUAUUUAUUUUUUCUGAUUUUUCCCCAUUUUCUCCCAAUUUUGGAUAUCCAAAAUGAUAUGUCCCACCCGUUUUGUGCGUCCCCAUCACCAGUGACGCCCGUGACCCUCGGAGGAUGCGGACGAGCACACGCCUCCUCCGACACGUGUGAAGUCAAUCACCCUUUUUUUCGAGCUGCUGCAGAUGAAUCAUUGCCUGAGCAGCUAGCGCGCUCAGAGGAAAGCAGAGCAGCUAGUUUCCUAUACAUCAGCUCACAGAUGCCUCGUGCCGCCCAGCGCCCCUUUAAGUGUGAUGGGGAGAGAGCGCCAUCUACCCACCCCAGAGGGAGCAGAGCCAAUUUUGCUCCCUCCAAGCACCGGCAGCUGAUGGCAAAGCUGCAUGAGCGGGGGUUCGAACCUGCGGCCUCCCGCUCAUAGUGGCAGCGCUUUAGAACGCUGGACCACUCGCCGCCCCUAAGAUCUUGCAAAAUGAAUUGCAAAAAUGAAUUGGAAAAUUGAGAUCAUACAGAAGAGAAGGUGUUGGGUUUAUGCUAAAACCAGCUGUAGUUCUUACAUACUGCUCUGUAUUUUAGUGCAAUUGAUACAUCAUACAUAAUUCAUAAUCAGAGCAAAAAUUGAUUGACAUUUAUUACAAGAUGAUUAAAAAUGUAAAAAUAUAUAUAAACAAAUUUAAUGCCAGUUUUGCAUUUUGUGAAUUUCAGUCAAAUAAAAUAUUUAAUUGGUACAUUUUUAA